GGCAGAGGGUACGUUUCCGUUAGCCAAAAUGACGACUUCGAAGUCCUGCAUGGCCCAUUCGAGAUGUGGGAUGUUCUGGUCGAAGGCGAUCACUACGAAGGACACAUCAUGGCCGUAUACCACCAACUCCAUUGUCUUUCCAUACUCACUACGUCUCUUCCAACCUCGAUGGAACAGUGGGAAAAGAUGGAUCCCAAGAUCAGAGAGCAUCGCUCGCACUGUGUCGAGUAUCUGCGUCAGAGUAUUCUAUGUAACGCCGACACGACCUUGGAAGGCGAGACAGGCUCAUGGACCAAAAGCACCGGCUGGGGCCAGACGCACAGUUGUGUGGACUUUGAUGCAUUGACUGAAUGGGCAAAUGAAAGGGCUAUUUGGGACCUGAGUGAUCAGCUGUUGCCACAGAACUUUGACUUUAUGAAAGCAGACGUGGAGGGAAAGCCAAGGAACCAGGUGGACGAGACAAAGUUGAUUGAAAGAGAGUUUUGA